AUGUUGUCUCGCAUUGCUAUUAGAUCCAAGAGUGCUGUUGCACGUUUACCUACACAACGCUUGGUUACUCAACAAUUCAGACAGCCCAUCAUCGUCACCAAGCCUUUUGUCCGUUUCCAACAUACAACAAAGCCUGCUCUUGCUAAAUUAGCUCCUCUUGAUACAUUCCCUCGUCGUCAUCUUGGUUCCGAAUCCAAUGAAGUCAAGAGCAUGUUGAAUCAACUCGGUGUUAAGAGCAUUGAUGAGAUGCUUGCAAAGACCAUUCCUUCCGCUAUUCGUUCUCCCAAGCCUCUUAGCAUCCCUGAGGGUGUUCCUGAACGUCAAUUGCUCGCUCGUCUCAAGGACAUUGCUUCCAAGAACAAGAUCAACCGUUCCUACAUUGGUCAAGGUUAUACUGAUACCAUUGUGCCCAAUGUCAUUUUGCGUAACAUUCUCGAGAACCCCGCAUGGUAUACUCAAUAUACUCCUUACCAACCUGAAAUUGCUCAAGGUCGUUUGGAAUCUCUCUUGAACUAUCAAACCAUGAUCACUGACUUGACCGGUAUGCCUAUUGCAAAUGCCUCUCUCUUGGAUGAAGGUACUGCUGCUGCUGAGGCCAUGUUGAUGGCAUGGCAAGCUGGUCGUCGCAAGAAGAACCUCUUUGUUGUAGACGAAAACUGCCACCCUCAAACCAUUGCUUGUUUGAAGACUCGUGCUGAAUCUUUCAACAUUGAGGUCGUCGUUGCUGAUACUUUCCACUACAACUUUGCUGAGAACAAGAAGAACCUUUGCGGUGUCUUAUUACAGUAUCCUGAUACUCGCGGUUCAGUCAAGGAUUAUGAGGAAUUAACUGCUAGUGUUCAUGCUGCUGGUGGUCAAGUUGCUGUCGCUACUGAUUUGAUGGCUUUGACUUUGCUCAAGUCCCCCGGAGAAUUCGGCGCUGAUAUGGCUCUCGGUAACUCUCAACGUUUCGGUGUCCCCAUGGGCUUCGGUGGUCCUCAUGCUGCCUUCUUUGCCUGUAAGGAUGAACACAAGCGUCGUAUGCCCGGUCGUUUGAUUGGUGUCUCUAAGGAUGCUGACGGAAACCACGCCUACCGUCUUGCUCUCCAAACCAGAGAACAACACAUUCGUCGUGAAAAGGCUACCAGUAACAUUUGUACUGCUCAAGCUCUCUUGGCCAACAUGUCUGCCAUGUAUGCUGUCUACCACGGUCCCGAAGGUGUUAAGGCCAUUGCUCAACGUAUCAACAACUUGACCGCUGUCUUGGCUGAAGGUGUUCGCAAGGCUGGUUAUACUAUCGAGAACGAUGGUAACUUCUUCGAUACCCUUGCCAUCAAGGUUGGUAACUCUUCUCAUAUCCUCAACAAGGCUUCUGCUGCUGGUAUCAAUCUCCGUGCUAUCGAUAACGGCACUGUAGGUGUCACCCUCGAUGAAGCUGUUACUCAACAAGAGCUCGGUAAAUUGAUUGACGUCUUCCAAAAGGAAGGUGCUCCCGCUGUCACUGUUGAAGAGCUCUCUAGCGUUCUUGAUGCCAAGUCUGUUACCUUCCCUGGUCAACUCAAGCGUACCUCUUCAUAUUUGCAACACCCUGUCUUCAACUCUUAUCACUCUGAGACCGAGAUGCUCCGUUACAUCCACCACCUCGAAAGCAAGGAUCUCUCCUUGGUUCACUCCAUGAUUGCUCUUGGUAGUUGUACCAUGAAGUUGAAUGCCACCUCUGAAAUGAUCCCUGUUACAUGGCCCGAGUUCUCCAACAUUCAUCCUUUCGCUCCUAUUGAACAGACUGAAGGUUAUGUUACCAUGCUCGAUGAACUUGCUGAUGACUUGAAGGAAAUCACUGGUUUCGAAGGUGUCUCUCUUCAACCCAACUCUGGUGCUCAAGGUGAAUAUGCUGGUCUCCGUGUCAUCCGUGCCUACCACCACGCUCGUGGUGAUACUCAACGUAACGUUUGCUUGAUCCCCAUCUCUGCUCACGGUACCAACCCUGCCUCCGCUGCUAUGUCUGGUAUGGAUGUUGUCAUUGUCCAAUGUGAUAACGACGGUAAUUUGGAUAUGGAGGACUUGAAGGCCAAGGCCAAAAAGCAUAAGGACAAAUUGGCUGCUGUCAUGAUCACUUAUCCUUCUACUUUCGGUAUGUUUGAGGCUGGUGUCUCUGAGGCCUGUAAGGUUGUCCAUGAAAACGGUGGUCUCGUCUACCUUGAUGGUGCCAACUUGAACGCUCAAAUUGGUUUGACCAAGCCUGCUGAAAUCGGUGCUGAUGUCUGUCACAUGAACUUGCACAAGACUUUCUGUAUUCCUCACGGUGGUGGUGGACCUGGUAUGGGCCCUAUCGCUUGUACUAAGGAACUUGAACCUUAUCUUCCCGGUCAUCCUGUCAUUGCUUGUGGUGGUCAAAACGCCAUUGGCCCCGUCUCUGCUGCUCCCUACGGUUCUGCCUCCAUCUUGCCUAUUUCUUGGGCUUACAUCAAAAUGAUGGGUGGUGAAGGUCUCACUCAAUCUACCAAGCUUGCCAUCUUGAACGCCAACUACAUGGCCAGCCGUCUCGGUGAGCACUACGAAAUCUUGUAUACCAACGAGAAUGGCAUGUGUGGUCACGAAUUCAUUGUUGAUAUCAGACCUUUCGUCGAUAACGGUAUUGAAGCUAUUGAUGUUGCCAAGCGUCUUCAAGAUUACGGUUUCCACAGUCCUACCAUGUCAUGGCCCGUUACCAACACUCUCAUGAUUGAACCUACUGAAUCUGAGAGCAAGGCUGAACUCGAUCGUUUCUGUGAUGCCAUGAUUGCUAUCCGUGGUGAAAUCCAACAAGUGAUUGACGGCAAAUUGCCCAAGGGUGACAACAUGCUCAACUCUGCUCCUCACUCUAUCAAGACCUUGAUGGCCGAUAAGUGGGACCGUCCUUACUCUCGUGAAGUUGCUGCUUUCCCUAUGCCCUAUCUCCGUGAAAAGAAGUUCUGGCCUUCCGUCUCUCGUGUUGAUGAUGCCUAUGGUGACCGUAACUUGAUGUGUACUUGUCCUUCACCUGAGGAAUACAUGGAGGAAAACAACUAA